CGAUACACCGUUUGUCGAUGCGUUUGGUUGUCGUCAACUUAUUAUUGCUUACGUGUCCGUCUUUCCAAUAUGUCGUGGACAGUGAAUCCAAAUAUAAUUUAAUAAAAAAAUGCUUCAAUUUAAAAAAUACAAAUUAGAUUAAAAAAAAAGAAAACAUUUUUGAAAAAUUAUUUCAGUGACAGGAUUUUGUCCCGAAUUUUUCCGCUACAGAAUGAUUGGUAAUUUUGAAUAUCGUUCUGCGAGUUGUUCUUAUCAUUAUUCUGACCUCGAUCGACCUUCUUCAAGAGAUGAACUCUUGCAGAGAAAAAUUUCCCCAAAAAUCUCUUUCAAUGGUGAUUGAUAAAUAAUAAAAGUUCAGUAAAAUAUUCGAACUUUGAGAAUUAAUUUUUGUUUUGGAGAACGGAGAGAUAACGGUUUUUUAAGUGAACCGAAAGAAGAGCAGAUGUACGCUACUGGGUUAUACUUAAUGGGCGCAACAAGUGGUCGAAGAUUCAAACGAUUGGUUGCACAUGGAGAGCGAAGACACUGAUAAUUUUUUUCUCACGCGAUCAACCAACAAAAUGUGUUUGGCUUUCACCGAUGACAUCCGAGUUUCCUUGUCCUCUUAACCUAUGCAAGAUUUCUUUCUUUUUUUUUUUUUUUGAAACAACUGUAUAUAGAAAACUGAUCUGAAAAAUGUCUUAUCAACUGAUCAGAUGAUUCAUUAUCAGAUAAGGGAGAUAAAUAUACUGCGGAAGGAAAAAGUCGAAUACAAUUAAAGAUAAAGAGAGAAGAAUUGUUGACAAAAAAAGAAUAUGUGUUUCCAGUGGCACUAGCAAUUGAAUAAUUGAUCAAGUGACAAUGAUGAAAUUCAAGUCGCUGUUUCGGAGAGGACAUCAUAGCCAUCAGUCUCAGCAGCAAAAACAGCCCCAUCGUCACCAACGUAACAACCAUAAUCAACAAUUGCAACAGCAACAAGUGGCGCCGCCGACCCAAGCCUCGUCGAGCGGUUCGCCGCACGAGGAUAUGUCGAAAAGAUCACCGGAGGGUGCAGCCACAAGUGUAACGUGGCUGUCAUCGUCGUCGGUGGGUCGUGAUUUAGUGCCAACAUCUUUAAGUGUCACCGGAAAGAAUAACACAUCGCGUAAUCAGCAUCAGAAUCAAAUGAAGGGAGCGCCCUUGGCAAAGGGCUCCUAUGAAAGGAUGCAGGAGCUUGAACGUGAAAACAACGGUCUCCGUAAGGAACGUUCUUCGCAUUUUGAUGGCAAUUUACGAAAUCCCUCCACUUGUGAUCCAAAGAGACUCGAUGAGCAUCACGCGGAACUUGCGCUACUCAAGGAUCAACAUAAUUCGGAACUAGAGCGCUUAGCCAGAGAAAACGAAGUUCUUCGAGCUCGACUCAGAGACGUUUCUCACUCUCCGUUAUCCGAUUCGGAGAAACAGCAGUUGUUGGACGCAACUAGACCUCACAAUUCAGCCCCUGCCUCCAUUGUUAUUCAUCAAGACGAGAAUUGUGCACCUACAAAUGUACCUCGAGAAAAGAAGGAAAACACUGGACCCGAGUGGGAUAAACGGUCGUCGGUGUCAGAAGUGUCCGUUACCUGUCUACAGGACAGGAUUCUACAAAUGGAGGAGACCCAUUACUCCACUAAUGAGGAAUUGCAAGCAACUAUCCAAGAACUUAGUGAUUUACAAGCACAAUUGUCUGAACUUCAAGCAGACAAUGAUAGGUUAAAUGAAGAAAAAGGUGUACUACUCGAAUCUCUCUGUAGACAAACAGAGAAACUGGAAGACUCUCGUUCCAAAGUUGACACAUUACAAGGACUUCUUCUCCGUGAAGAGCAACCGCAAAAGUCCUGGAAGGGAUACAACACAGAAAGAGAGCAAAAACUUGUUGAUCUUCUCAAGAGUGCUCAAGAAGAACGAGAAAGUCUUCUGGAAAAGCAAGAGGAAUUAAAUUCGGAAUUGAAAAAUUUACGAGCGACCGUCGAGACAAUAACUUUGGAAGCUGAGAGUUUGACGAAACGUGUUCAAUUUCUCGAAUCUGCUAUCGAGGCUGUAAACGUGGAAAAAAAGGUUUUGGAUCUUGAACUAACAGAAUCUAAACAAGAGGGCGUGAACAAAGGAAUAGAGAUUAAUAGGUUAGCGACACUUUUGGAGAAUGCGAGAGCAAAAAUCGAGGAACUCGAACAAUCAAGACAAUUGGAAAACAAAAGCGAAGCUGACGAAUUAUUGGACGCUGCUCGAAAAGAAAAAGACACUCUAGAAACACAGGCGGCAGCUCUUCAGGAACAAUUAGCCCGAUCAUAUUGCGAACACGAUCGACUGAAAGAUCAAUUUUCACAGCUUCAAGAGGAGUUCAAGGUGGCGCGUAAUAAUUCGAAAUCAGUUGUCGAGGACUUGGAAUACCGAUUGAAUCAAGUAAAAGACGAGCGAUUAUCUGUUAACGCUGAAUUGCAAUUGGUGAGAGAUUCUCUCGCCGAGCUUCAAGCACAAUGUCAACGACAUUUAGAAGAUAAACGUGAAUUGAAAGCGGCUUUAAGUGAAUUACAGCGACGUGAACGUGACGCACAGAAUCGUCAAUUUGAAUUGGAACGUGCAUUAGCAGAAGAGAGAAAAUUACGACAGGAGGAAAACACCGAGUGGGAACAAUUUCAAACUGACCUCCUGAUGACAGUUCGAGUCGCGAACGAUUUUAAAACCGAAGCCCAAACCGAAUUGGAACGCGUUGUCAUGGAGAAUAAAGCCCAAAGGGAUAAAUUGCGAGCCUUGGAGGCGCAAUUGGAUAAACUCAACGAUUCUGCAAAUCAGAAGAAUACCGUCGCUCCGAAUUCGAGGUUUCAAACAACACCGACCGAAACGCAACAGUGCGUUUUAACGAAUGUACAACAGGAGAUUGCAAGAAGUCGAAAGGCGAAUAUAUCACGACAAGACUCGAGACUCUCGGUGAAAUGUCUAAUAGAAAGUAUAGAAAACGCAACCAAACAGGCGAAAGCUGGACCAGGAAGUAGGAGUAGCUCUACCUCAUCUCUUAAUUCAAUAGGAACCAAUGAUGUGAUAUCUUUGAAGGCUCCUCUUCGUGAUCAACAACAAAUGUCCAAUCUUAUUUGUCCAACGAAUUCUACUAAUAAUAAUAACAAGAAUCAAUCUCCAAAUGGAAAAAAGUCAUACACAGAUUCAAAGCAAUCGGGACCAGUGGUUUUAAGUCCAAGUCAGUUGCUCGACACGGCAGCUAUCAAUGCCAAAACAAUAGACUUUGUACGAAGGAAUAGUGUCACGGAUUUGUCCGAUCGGAAGGAUCCGCUUUGUGGCCUCGUGAAAAACGGCGGCUCAAGAAGAAAUGCUCUGCUCAAAUGGUGUCAGAACAAAACAAUAGGAUAUCGCAAUAUUGAUAUAACAAAUUUCAGUAGCUCUUGGAAUGAUGGACUUGCUCUCUGUGCAAUUUUGCACACAUAUCUACCCGAUAAAGUUCCCUACGAUUCCUUAACUCCCACUGAGAAGAAGAGAAAUUUCUCCAUUGCCUUCACAGCUGCUGAAAGCGUCGGAAUACCAACCACACUGAAUAUUGGGGACAUGUGCCAAUUGGAACGUCCCGACUGGCAGCAGGUUAUGACCUACGUGACCAGUAUUUACAAGUAUUUUGAGACGUGACUUUCCAAAAAAGAAGAAACAAAAA